AUGGAUAGCAUAACGAAUUGGGACUUCGGAUCACUAGAAACGUAUCACUCUGUUGAACCUUUUGAAAAGUUUCAAGAAGACGAGUUUCUAGACAUUAGCCUUGUUCCUCUUCUUCAAGCGGAGUUAUGGAAGGCUCAAUCAAGAAUCAAAGAGCUUGAGGCCGAAAAGUUUGGAUCGUCACAAGAAAAGAUUAGAUGUUUCAUAAGAAACCAAAGAAAAGGGCAGGAAGAAAACACUGAUGAUCCCUUCUUGAUUACUUGA